AUGACUACCUCAAGCUGGGACAAAUUUGUGCUGCUACUGUGGAAGAAUUGGAUCAUACAGAAGCGCCACUAUGCGCAGACGGUUUUCGAAGUGACCAUUCCGGUGUUAGCCUGUUCGCUGCUCAUACUCGUCCGAGGUCUCGUAACGCCAACCGUCUACACCGAACCGACGACCUUCGGCAGCUUAAAUGUUCAAAGUUUGGCCAUGAUACGGGAGAUGGUAACGAACCACCCGAUCAAUUUGAAAAUUGCUUACUCACCGCGCAAUGAUGUGCUCGAACGCAUCGUUGGCCGAGCGGCAAGAAUGCUCGGCACCGAUGUCCUUCACCAGGGCUACAACGAUAGCGAAAGCAUGUACAAGGAUCUCGUCACGCACAACUACUUAGCGGGAUUGGAAUUUCCCGACGAGUUCAUGAACGUUACAAGCCUACCGGACAGAGUUGAUGUUGCCGUUCGGUUCCCGAGCGAGAUGCGUACGACAACCCUGCCUGGGGCACAGUUUUGGGCGAACUGGCGCACGUUCUUGAUAUUUCCACAGUUUCAAGUGUACGGUGCGCGUAACAUCAACGUCAGCGAUGGUGGCUAUCCAGCGAAUUACUACGCGGAAGGAUUUGCCUCCGUCCAGAAUGCGAUCAGCCGUGCGGUGCUGGAGAUGCGUAGCGAUCGUAACAAUUCACUGCCUCUUGUGCACCUUAGGCGUUUCCCUUAUCCGGCCUUUUACGAUGAUCCGCUGCUGCGUGGUUUGGAAAACCUGUUCCCCUCCAUCAUCAUGGUUGCGUUCUUCUAUUCCUGCAUCAACACGGUCAAGUUCAUCACGCUGGAGAAGGAAAAACAGUUGAAGGAAUCGAUGAAGGUGAUGGGACUGGAUGGGUGGAUACACUGGGUGGCCUGGUUCGUGCGCACUCUGACGCUGCUAACCGUGUCCAUCACGCUCGUCACCGUGCUGCUGAGCUGUAACCUUACCACCAACACGAAGGUGGCCAUAUUCCAGUUCUCCAAUCGCUUCCUGAUCUGGCUGUUUCUGUUCGUGUACAGCAUCACGACAAUCAUGCUGUGCUUUAUGAUCAGCACCUUCUUCUCCAAAGCGAACAUUGCCUCAGGUAUUGCCGGCAUUGUGUGGUUCUAUUCACUCACGCCGUUUCAGUUAACGUUUGGUAACUACGAUCGGAUGUCUCUCGGGGCCAAGCUGGGGUCGAGUCUGUGGAGCAACACGGCUAUGGGAUAUGGUGUGAUGCUGUUCAUGAAGCACGAAGGUACAUCGAUCGGUUUGCAGUGGGACAACCUCUUGACGCCCGUGACCGUUGAUGAUAGCCUGACGAUGGCGCACAUAUUCGGCAUGCUGGUUGUUGACGCCGCACUCUAUCUCGCCGUAGCAUUGUACGUAGAACAGAUUGCGCCGGGGCAGUUUGGUGUACCUCGAAGGUGGAAUUUUAUCCUCACCACCAGCUUCUGGAUGCAAGAAGUCUUUCCGCGAAAGCAAAUUCGCGACGGUUCAGGUACGACAGCUGUGGAAAAUGGUUUCGAAAGCGAAAGAUUGAAAUCAACCGGCAGAUAUCAAGCGAAUGCGGAGGAAGAACCGACCGACAAACAGAUCGGCAUUAGCAUGGUAGGACUAACGAAGGUUUACGAUGGGAAAUCAACUUCGCGUGCCGCUGUUAGUGGACUUACCGUGAACUUUUAUCGCGAUCAAAUAACCGUUCUGCUGGGUCACAACGGUGCAGGCAAAACGACUACCAUGGGUAUGCUGACGGGGAUGUACCCUCCAACAUCGGGAUACGCUACUAUCGACGGACACAGGAUCGGUGGUACCGCUGUGAACCGAUUCCGCAAUACGCUCGGUUUCUGUCCUCAGCACAACGUGCUUUUCAACGAGCUGACCGUCGCAGAACACAUUCGCUUCUUCGCCAGACUGAAAGGCAUCCGGCAGGAGGAGUACAUCGAGACGGAAAUCGACAAAUAUGUACGAGCGCUAGGGCUCGAAUCCAAGCGCAACGAGCAAUCCCACACCCUAUCCGGUGGUAUGAAGCGGAAACUUUCGCUCGCUGUCGCACUGUGCGGUGGUUCGCGUGUUGUAUUCUGUGACGAACCAACGUCCGGUAUGGAUCCGGGCGCUCGCCGCACGGUGUGGGACUUACUGCAGCAGGAGAAGCGCGAUCGUACGAUCGUCCUGUCGACGCACUUCAUGGACGAAGCGGAUGUGCUCGGGGACCGUAUCGCUGUGAUGUGCGAUGGAGAACUCCGAGCGGUUGGCACACCGUUUUUCUUGAAGAAACGCUUCGGUGCCGGAUAUCGAUUGGUUUGUGUAAAGCGCGUCGAUUGUCAGCCGGAAGUGCUUACGAAGCUACUGCGUCGGUACGUACCGGACGUGGCGAUAGAGUCAGAUAUUGGCACGGAGUUGAGCUUGCGGCUUCACGAACAGUAUCGUGCUAUGUUUCAACCCGCGCUGGAAGAACUGGAACAAAACACCGAACGGUGUGGCAUCUCCAGCUACGGUAUUGCCUUGUCCACACUGGAGGAAGUUUUCAUGAGGUUGGGCAGUGAUGAAGGUAACACUGACGUACUUCAGCACACCGCUAAUGGAACGGAUAAGAACCGUCUAACAAACGGCGGCGUCCAUCAUCCUGCGCCUCCGCCAAUAACCAUCACGGAAACCUUCGAGCUACAAACAGGCACAGAGCUUCUUUGCAGUCAGAUCCGUGCCAUGUUCUGCAAGAAGUAUCUCAGCUUUAUCCGCUCGUGGAAGAUAUCCUCACUGCAGAUACUACUGCCAAUGAUGUUUGUUCUGUUAGUUGUUGCAAUUGUGCGAUUCUUUCCCAACAAUGUUGUUCUGCCCCCGUUGGAAAUUACACUCGCAAGCUACGAUCGUACGAACACUGUCCUGUCGGCAAGCGAUCGAAAUGCCUCGAUCGUAGCCGCGUAUGCAGAAACGAUCAAGCAUUCUUCAGGUGCUGGACUCCGACAUUCACUCACUGUGACGGAGCGCAAUUUCACCGAAUUUAUCCUGCAAAAGUCAACGGAAAACAUACGGGCGGUGGAUAAUACGUACAUGAUAGGAGCGUCCCUAGAUGUGGUUCACCGUAACUUCACUGCCUGGUUCAACAACAAAGCGUACCAUACGGCGCCACUUUCGCUUAGCGUACUCUACAAUGCGCUUGCACGGACCAUCUGCACCAACUGUAGCAUCACUGUGACGAACAAACCGCUCCCGUACAGCAGCCACGUCCGGUUCCUGCGUACCCAGUCCGGAAGCAAUCUGGGCUUCCAGCUUGCCUUCAACACCGGCUUUGCAAUGGCCUUCGUUGGUGCCCUCUACAUCCUGUACUAUGUGCGUGAACGAUCGUCCGGUUCGAAACUGUUGCAGUUCGUGAGCGGGGUGAACGCGAUCACGUUUUGGGGAGUUUCCUUUCUCUGGGAUUUUGCCGUGUUCUGUGUAGCGAUGGCUUUGUACAUCGGUACAUUAGCUGCCUUCGGCGAGGAAGGUUGGUCCACACCGGAGGAACUUGGCCGUGUGGUGAUUGUGUUCAUUUGUUUCGGACUGGCGGUCAUUCCGUUCACGUAUCUUGGUGCAUACUGUUUCGAUGUGCCGUCGACCGGAUUUAUUAAGAUGCUGAUCUUCAACAUCUUCACCGGCACGGUCAUGUUUACGGCGGUGUUUCUGCUCAAGGUGAAGGACUUUGAUCUGCGCCAUGUGGCAGAAACGAUGGAGUGGAUUUAUAUGGUGUUUCCACUGUUUGCGCUCAGCCACAGCUUGAACAAUAUCAACGUGAUGGAAACGACGAGACAAAUCUGCGAUGCGUACUGCGAUGCGAUGCCCUUCUGCACGCCCCAGUUGGCUUGCAAAUUUAACGAACUGUGCUGCGAUGUGGAAAUAUUUUCAUUCAAUCCGCGAGGCAUCAAUCGAAAUCUGACUUACCUGAUUGGUGUUUCAGUAUGUUCUUUUGUGGUUCUGCUACUGAAAGAGUAUCGUGUUUUCGCCGAGAUGCACCUCAGCGCUUGUAUACCGGAUCGGUUGUGUUUCAACAGAUAUCGUAAGGCGGCGGUCACAACUGAAGAAAUGGAAUCCAUUGCGAUCAGCGAGGAUUCGGACGUUGCUGACGAACGUACCAGGGUGGAUCGAUUCCACGAAGAGCGAGAACACCAAUCACUUACCGGACUGGCUUUGUUAAUGUUGCGCGAUCUAACCAAACGUUACGGCAACGCUCAACCACCGGCAGUUGAUCGACUUACAUUUGCCGCCGGAGGACGGGAAUGUUUCGGCCUGCUGGGUGUAAACGGUGCCGGUAAAACGUCCACCUUCCGGAUGCUAACCGGCGAUCGACGCAUUACUGCCGGUGACGCAUGGGUCGUUGGAUACAGUCUGCGCACGCAACUUCCUGCCGUUUAUCGCAAGAUCGGAUACUGUCCCCAGUUUGAUGCUCUGCUCGAAGAUCUGACCGGUCGGGAAACGUUGCGCAUUUUUGCCCGUUUGCGUGGCAUUCCGGGUCCAUCGAUCGAUUCGAUCGCAGAAAGGCUUGCAGUGGAACUACACUUUGCUGCCCACCUGGACAAGCGCGUCCAGGCGUACAGUGGUGGAACGCGAAGGAAACUAAGCACCGCACUGGCUCUGCUCGGCGAUCCGGUUGUGGUGUACCUGGACGAACCAACCACGGGCAUGGAUCCGGGUGCGAAGCGUCACUUCUGGAACGUGAUGUGUCGGGUACGGUCAGAGGGCAGAACCGCGCUAGUGCUCACAUCGCACAGCAUGGAAGAAUGCGAAGCACUAUGCACGCGCCUUGCAAUCAUGGUGAAUGGCGAAUUCCGAUGUAUCGGGUCGGCUCAGCAUCUGAAAAAUAAAUUCUCCCACGGCUACUUUCUUACCAUGAAGCUGAAACGCACCGGAGAUGGAUCGCGCACGGAGGCCGAACGGAACAAGCAAGCGAUCAAGUCGUUUAUGCAGCAGACCUUUUCAGUCGGCACUACUGGUGGUGGUGGUGGUGGUACCGGUGCCAUCCUCAAGGAAGAGUAUCACAACUACCUCACCUAUCACAUCCGGGACACUGGACAUCGCUGGUCAGAGAUGUUUGGUUUACUGGAGGCGGCACGGGAUCAGCUGCAACUUGAAGAUUACGCCCUUGGGCAAACAUCACUCGAGCAAGUGUUCCUCACACUUACCGCUAAUCAGCGCACCUGCAACGAAGUAUAG